CGGCGCCGGAGGCAGCGCUGCCCCGCGGCGGCGGCGGCGGCGGGGCUUAAAGCGCUCGGGGCCGGGGCCGCGCUCACCUGGGGCCGCUCCCGCGCUCCGCCGGCCGCCGCAGCGGCUGCGGGGCAGCGCCCAGGUGACCAUGCGGGGCGGGCGGGCGCGGCCGCCGCACGCUCCGGGCAGCAGGUAGCGCUCGCCAGGUGCGCGGCGGAACAUGGACUGUCUGCUGCUGGCCGUCUGGACUCUACCUGCUGCGAUUCUCGGCGGCAGCUCCAUGCAAUUCCAGACUCUCCCGUGGCUCGGAAGCACUGUAAAGGCAGACCCUUCAGCUGUGUUGCCUCUGUUGCAUGUCUCAUGCGGCAGCUUUAACCAGUGACAGCAUCAGUGAAUUGACUCAUGAUUAUGUGUUUGUGACACCUGUCAGAGUGGAUGCCAGCGGAUCGUACAUUUCACAUGACGUUUUGCACAGUACUAGGAGAAAGAGAUCAACUCAGAGUUCAAAGAGUUCCUUGCACUACAAAUUUUCAGCAUUUGGACAGGAACUUCACUUAGAGCUUAAACCUUCGACCAUUUUAAGCAACAGUUUUAUUGUCCAGGUACUCGGGAAAGAUGGAAUGUCAAAUUCUCAGGACCAUGAAAUUGAGCAGUGUUUCUACCAGGGAUUUAUAAGGAAUGAUAGCACCUCUACAGUAGCAAUAUCUACAUGUGUAGGCUUGUCAGGUUUGAUAAGGACGCGGCAGAUGGAGUUCCUGAUCUCUCCGUUACCUCAGCAGCUGGCACGGGAGCACAACUACACGUGCCCCGCCGGCCACCACCCGCACGUGCUGUACAAGAGGACUGCCGAGGGGAAGGUGCACCGCUCCCCAGCCCAGCCCCAUCCCAAAUCCUCCCCUUCUGGCCGGCGCAGAGCGCGCGCUUCCCACGCGCAUCCCGCGCGAGCCAGCGGCUACCGCCACGGAAGGUUUCAAAAGCAGCAUUUUUGUGGACGUCGCAAGAAAUAUGCACCCAAGCCACCCACAGAAGAGACCUACAUUCGCUCAGAUGAGUACGGGACUUCUGCGAGGUUCAAAAGAUCAUCUGCUAAAAUUCAGAAAAAUGGAAGUCUAAAUGUUGAAACCCUUGUUGUGGCGGAUAAAAAAAUGUUGGAGAAACAUGGCAAGGAAAAUGUAACAACAUAUAUCUUAACAGUCAUGAACAUGGUCUCUAGUCUGUUUAAGGAUGGAACAAUUGGAAGUGAUAUAAACAUUAUUGUUGUGAGCCUGCUUCUUUUGGAACAGGAGCCUGGCGGGUUGUUGAUCAACCACCACGCUGACCAGUCCCUGAACAGCUUCUGCCAGUGGCAGUCUGCCCUGGUUGGGAAGAACGGGAAGCGCCACGACCACGCCAUCCUUCUGACGGGCUUUGACAUCUGCUCAUGGAAGAACGAGCCCUGUGACACUUUAGGAUUUGCACCCAUCAGUGGCAUGUGCAGCAAAUACCGCAGUUGCACCAUUAACGAAGAUACAGGCCUUGGACUGGCUUUUACAAUUGCUCAUGAAUCUGGACACAACUUUGGGAUGAUUCACGAUGGAGAAGGAAAUGCUUGUAGAAAAGCUGAGGGAAAUAUUAUGUCUCCCACACUCACUGGAAACAAUGGAGUGUUUUCUUGGUCUGUGUGCAGCAGGCAGUAUCUCAACAAAUUUCUCAGUACAGCUCAAGCUGCCUGCCUGAUUGAUGAACCUAAGCAAACAGGACAGUAUAAAUACCCUGACAAACUGCCAGGGCAGAUCUAUGAUGCUGAUACCCAGUGCAAAUGGCAAUUUGGAAUGAAAGCAAAACUGUGCAACCUCAGCUUUGUAAAGGAUAUCUGCAAAUCCCUUUGGUGUCACAAAGUGGGUCACAGGUGUGAGACAAAGUUCAUGCCUGCAGCAGAAGGAACAGCUUGUGGUAUAAGUAUGUGGUGUCGCAGAGGGCAGUGUGUGCGGUACGGUGACCACGGGCCCAAGCCUGUCCAUGGCCAGUGGUCCGCCUGGUCCCAGUGGUCCGAGUGCACUCGCACCUGCGGAGGGGGGGUCACCUAUCAAGAAAGACACUGCAAUAAUCCAAAGCCUCAGUACGGUGGGAAGUUCUGCCAAGGUUCCAGCCGUGUGUACCAGCUCUGCAAUAAGCAGCCUUGCCCAGCAGGCAGCCUGGACUUCCGAGCCCUGCAGUGUGCAGAGUACAACAGCAAACCCUUCCGGGGCUGGUUCUACAAGUGGAAGCCCUACACCAAAGUGGAAGAGCAAGACAGAUGUAAAUUGUAUUGCACAGCUGAAGACUUUGACUUUUUCUUUGCAAUGUCCAGCAAAGUAAAGGAUGGAACUCUGUGUUCUCCAAAUAACUACGAUGUUUGUAUUGAUGGAAUAUGUGAACAAGUAGGGUGUGAUCAUGGACUUGGUUCCAAAGCUGUGUUGGAUGCUUGUGGAGUUUGUAAAGGAGAUAAUUCAACGUGCAAGUUCUUUAAAGGCCAAUACUUGACCCAGCACAAAGCUAAUGACUACUACGCGGUGGUGACGGUGCCAGCGGGCGCGCGCAGCAUCCAGCUGCAGGAGCUGCACAUCUCCCCCAGCUACCUGGCCGUGCGCAGCCUGGCCAGCAGGUACUACCUGACAGGAGACUGGACAAUCGACUGGCCAGGGAAGUUCCCCUUUGCCGGGACAGUUUUUGAUUAUCAACGCUCCCUUAACCACCCCGAGAGUCUCUAUGCGGCAGGACCCACUAAUGAGACGCUGGUCUUUGAAAUCCUGUUACAAGGCAAAAACCCUGGGAUUUCUUGGGAAUAUACAUUUGCCAAAAGCAGCAUUGAAAACAAGACAUCUGUCAGAAAGCACAGCUACUCCUGGGUGACGGUGCAGUCUGAGUGCUCAGCGACCUGUGGUGGUGGACACAUUACAGCAAAAGCAAUUUGUUUGGAAGAUCAUCGUGCACGAGUCAACACCUCCUUUUGUGGCCCAAGGACGAAGCCUUUGACUGAAACAAAACUGUGCAACACAAAUCCCUGCCCAGCCUACUGGUCAGCAGGGGAAUGGAGCACAUGCAGCAAGUCUUGUGGAGGGGGACAGCAAAGUCGUCUCAUUCAGUGUAUCCAGAAAAGGGCUUUCCAAAGAGAGGAGGUGGUGGCUCAUUCCCUGUGUCCUGUCAGCACCCCAGCACAGGUGCAAGUGUGCAGUGGUCAGGACUGCCCACCCGAAUGGAGCCCUGGCCCAUGGUCUCAGUGCUCCAAGACUUGUGGGAGAGGCAUUAAGAAACGGGAUGUCUACUGCAAGAGUCCUGGUUCUCCCAAGGUGAAAAUCUUGCCUGAAAGCAUGUGCAGCACAGACCCUAAGCCUGAGUCCCAGCAGACCUGUGUGCUUGGACGCUGUCCCAAAAAUGACCGGCUCCAGUGGGUGAUUUCUUCCUGGAGUGAGUGCUCAGCCUCCUGCGGGCCCGGCCUGCGACAGCGAGAACUCAAAUGUGGUGAGAAGAGCAUCCAGGGGAAACUGGUCACCUUCCCCCAGAGGAGAUGCAGGAACAUCAAGAAACCAAACACCAGCCUGGAGGAAGCUUGUAACAAGGGAGCCUGUCCAUCACAGACGUUGUAUAACAUGGUGUCUGGCUGGUAUUCCUCGCCCUGGCAGCAGUGCACGGUGACCUGCGGCGGCGGAGUGCAGACCCGGAGCGUGCAGUGCCUGCGCCAGGGCAGGCCAGCUGCUGGCUGCCUGCCCCAGCAGAAACCAGCUGUGCUGAGAGCCUGCAACACCAACUUCUGCCCAGUCCCCGUGAAAAGAGAUGAUCCUUCUUGUGUGGAUUUCUUCACUUGGUGUCAUCUGGUGCCCCAGCAUGGUGUCUGUAACCACAAAUUUUAUGGCAAGCAAUGUUGUAAAUCAUGUACGAAGAAGAACUGAUAGCAGCAUGUUAUCUGAACCCUUCAGUGACAGGAUUCUCUUCUUCAAUUUAUGUUGGAAUUAUCUCUGCUUUGAGGCAAGACAUGGUGCCACAUAAACCACUGAUGGGAGAGACAUUUUUUCUAAGGGAAUGUCUGAGGUACAGUAAUUGUUGGAUUUAUGUUGAAAAAGGAAUGUUUCUUUCUUAUUUUUUCUUAAUUUGCUGACCUCACUAAAGCACAGGGUACUAUGGAUCACUUGAACACUGAGACUCAAGGGGAAGUUCUUCUUUCUUUAAAAGUGUCAUUUUGCACUGUCACAUGUUACGAGGAAAAAAUUAAGGCAAGGGAGCCUUUUCUGGCUGAUCUACCAGAAUGCAAAGCAGGAGAGCUUGGCAGCUGGAGGAGGAAGCAGCGUGGCAGCAGGACAGAUCACACCAUCAGAAGCGUGUCCUUUGCUAUUUUUUGUGACUGCUGUCCCAGGGUGAGGAAGCUGUUUGCUGCCCCAGAGGGACAUCCGUGGCUGAGGGCUGGAGAAGGCAGUGUCACACGUGUGGCCACCAGAAGUAAAUAGUGCACUACAAAGAUAUUAUGGUGCUUCUCUACCAGACUUGCUGCUGGAAAAGCAAGCUGUGCAUCAUGCUAAUGUUUUUAUAAUUUUUGAAGUAUUCAUUUUCUGCUUUGUGUAGAAACUCAGAGGUGGUUAACUAGUAACUUGAAAUGUAUUCCUAGAAAUAUGCAGCAGUAGAAUAUUUGGACUUUUAAUAUUGCUGUGUUACAAGUAAAAUAUAAUUGCAUAUUUCAACUAACUCAAGGAACUCAGAUUGAUUGAGCUCAAUGGUUAUGUUUUCAACUUUCUAAGCUCAUUAGAUAUGUAAUUUUAAAAUUUAAACUUGAUAUUUUUAAGUAGCUAGAUUGUUUGAAUGCCAAGAUACUGAAGAAUGUCUUCCUUCUAAUCUCAAAUCUCUCUGCAAAUUUUGAUUCAUCCAUUACCCAAAGCAAAUAACAAGAAUAUUACAGUCCAUUAAUUCAUGCUGAACUUCUCUAAAUAGUUAUUUAUUCACAUUACACAAAAAAAAAAGGCAUGAAAAGAUAAGUGGGUUAUUCACUCUUACCAAAUAGAAGUCAAUUGUAUUUUUAUACACCCUUCUAAUACUUGUAUUUAGUUCAGAAUCUACCAGCAAACUAAAGAAUUGUAAAAAUUCUGAUAUUUGUGGCCACUCAGUAUCGAGAUGUUUGAUGGCACCAUGUAUCAAAUGGUGCCAUUCAGAAGAUUUCUGCAUUGAAAAAACCCAACCUAUUUGCCAAACCCAUUCCGAGACAGAGCUGUGUCCUACUGUAAUUUUCUGGGGAGUGCCUACGAGGGACAUAUUUAUCUAAUUCCACCCAAUCCCACAACUUUUUUUGAUGAAUGUAGUUCAGUUUGAGUGUUUUUUUAAAGUAUGGUUUCAGUGUAGGAUUAGCCAGCUCAGCACUAAUGCCAGACAGUGGUCACUUAAAAUUAGCAGUUCCUUCUGAAACAAUUUAAAUUAAAAACAUGUAUUCUGUGUUACUUUAGGAAAUGAUUGGAAACAUAUCUCAACCUACACUGCUCUGUCUUGAUAUUGGACAUUGUGUAAUUAUAACCUUUUUUCUAGGAAAACUAAAAGGUUGUUUUUGUUUUGUUUUUAUAAUUGUGUCCUUUUUAUUAUUUGAUGUAAAAUAAUUAAUUUAUUAAUGCAUAGCUUUUCCUUUAUAUUUCUUUGCUCACUUCCCUAAGUGAGGACUGAGGAAAGAAAAAUGGUAGUGUCACAAAGUAUGAAUUAUGGUGUAAAAAAAGCAAAAACUAUAAGUGUAAUAUUUAAUUAUUUUAUAAGCUUUGUAAUAAAAUACUCUAACUGUUUCAUUAUAUUUGGAAUUGUAAAAUUCAUGAAUAAAAUA